CCGGGCCGGAGCCAUCUUGGCCGCGGGACGGGGCAGCUGCCAGGCCGCCGCGCCCGGUGAGGGGAGCGGGGCUGCGCGCCGCGGGCAGGGCGAGGAGGAGGAGGUUCAAGAUCCAGCCUGUAUUAUGGCUGGCAGUGGGUCUAAAUCAGGACCAACUGGUGGGCUUUCCAUGAAAUCACAGCUUCAAAUCACAGUUAUUUCAGCAAAACUAAAAGAAAAGAAUAAAUGGUUUGGACCUAGCCCUUAUGUGGAAGUCUCAGUAGAUGGGCAGUCAAAGAAGACAGAAAAAUGCAACAACACAAAUAGUCCGAAGUGGAAACAGCAUCUUACAGUAAUUGUUACUCCUGUAAGUAAACUAAACUUUCGAGUCUGGAGCCAUCAAACAUUAAAAUCUGAUGUCCUUCUGGGAAGUGCUGCUCUGGAUAUUCAUGAGACUUUGAAAUCAAACAGUAUGAAACUUGAGCAGGUAGUGGUGACCCUGCAUCUUGUUGGUGACAGAGAACCAACAGAAGUGGUGGGGGAUUUGUCUGUCUGUCUAGAUGGGAUGCAGGUUGAUCCUGAGCUCCUCACCAAUGGUGAAACCUCAGGUACAAGAAGUCCUACACAGAAUGACAGCUCGAAAGUAAAGAAUGAUACACGAGCUAACUCAAAUGGCCUUGAAAGCUGUGAAGAUGCUGCUCCCAGUGAAAAAAAGACUGUUAAUGGCAGUGAUUCUCCCUUACUCACAAAUGGAAACUGCAAACCUCCUAGACCUCCCAGGCCUUCUAGACCACCUCCACCCACUCCCCGCAGACCCACCUCCAUAGCUGCAAGUGUAAAUGGUCCCUCAUCCACGAGCACUGAAAAUGAUGGAGCCAGUGCAGGAUCACUGGCAGGUACAGCUUCAAACACAUCUUCAGAGCAGAGCCCUGAGGGAGCAACAGCUGCAACUACAGCUGCAACAACAGCUCCUGCAACAGCACCUGCAACAACAGCUCCUGCAACUGCCACGCUCAUCACACCUCCAGUGUCAAAACAAAUCCAGCCAGUAAACCCUUCACCUCAGGCUACAGUCAGUCAAGGUCCUCUUCCACCUGGUUGGGAGCAAAGAGUAGACCAGCAUGGUCGUGUGUACUAUGUGGAUCAUGUUGAGAAGAGAACAACAUGGGAUCGACCAGAGCCUCUUCCUCCAAGCUGGGAGCGACGAGUUGACAACAUGGGGAGAAUUUAUUACGUUGACCACUUCACCAGAACCACAACGUGGCAGAGACCAACCUUGGAGUCGGUGCGGAACUACGAGCAGUGGCAGCUGCAGCGCAGCCAGCUGCAGGGAGCCAUGCAGCAGUUCAACCAGAGGUUCAUCUAUGGGAACCAGGAUUUUUCAUCCACACAGAACAAAGAGUUUGAUCCUCUUGGCCCUCUGCCGUCUGGAUGGGAAAAGAGAACUGACAGCAAUGGCAGGGUGUAUUUUGUCAAUCACAACACACGAAUUACUCAGUGGGAAGAUCCCAGGAGUCAAGGUCAAUUAAAUGAGAAGCCCUUACCAGAGGGCUGGGAAAUGCGAUUCACUGUGGAUGGCAUUCCCUAUUUUGUGGAUCACAACAGAAGAACUACCACCUACAUAGACCCCCGCACGGGCAAGUCUGCUCUAGACAAUGGACCCCAGAUAGCUUAUGUGCGUGACUUCAAGGCAAAGGUCCAUUAUUUCAGAUUCUGGUGUCAGCAACUGGGAAUGCCACAGCACAUAAAGAUCACAGUGAGCAGAAAAACAUUAUUUGAGGACUCAUUUCAACAGAUAAUGAGCUUCAGCCCUCAGGAUCUACGGAGACGUUUAUGGGUUAUUUUCCCUGGUGAAGAAGGUUUAGAUUAUGGAGGUGUUGCAAGGGAGUGGUUCUUUCUAUUGUCACAUGAAGUUUUGAACCCAAUGUAUUGCCUGUUUGAAUAUGCAGGGAAAGAUAACUACUGCUUACAGAUAAACCCAGCCUCUUAUAUUAAUCCAGACCACCUGAAAUACUUCCGAUUCAUUGGAAGAUUCAUUGCCAUGGCUCUGUUCCAUGGGAAGUUCAUUGACACUGGUUUCUCUCUGCCUUUCUAUAAACGGAUGCUAAACAAGCCAGUAGGACUCAAGGAUUUAGAAUCUGUUGACCCAGAGUUUUACAACUCUCUCAUCUGGGUAAAAGAGAAUAAUAUUGAAGAAUGUGGCUUGGAAAUGUUUUUCUCAGUUGAUAAAGAAAUCCUAGGUGAAAUCAAAAGCCAUGAUUUGAAGCCAAAUGGUAGCAACAUUCUCGUCACAGAAGAAAACAAGGAAGAGUAUAUUAGGUUAGUAGCAGAAUGGAGACUUUCCCGAGGAGUUGAGGAGCAGACACAGGCUUUCUUUGAAGGCUUCAAUGAAAUUCUGCCACAACAGUAUUUGCAGUAUUUUGAUGCUAAGGAACUGGAGGUGCUUCUGUGUGGAAUGCAAGAAAUUGACCUCAACGACUGGCAGAGACACACCAUCUACAGGCACUACACCAGGACCAGCAGGCAGAUCCUCUGGUUCUGGCAGUUUGUAAAAGAAAUAGAUAAUGAGAAGAGGAUGAGACUCCUGCAGUUUGUCACUGGAACAUGCAGAUUACCAGUGGGAGGAUUUGCUGACCUCAUGGGGAGCAACGGCCCCCAGAAAUUUUGUAUUGAAAAAGUUGGAAAGGAAAAUUGGUUACCUAGGAGUCACACCUGUUUCAAUCGCUUAGACCUUCCGCCCUACAAGAAUUAUGAGCAGUUGAAGGAAAAGCUGUUGUUUGCAAUUGAAGAAACAGAGGGAUUUGGGCAAGAGUAACUGAAAUUUGCACCUUGAAGAAUGUGAACUCAACACAAUGUAUGUUCUUCACUUCUUCUGCUUGUUGCACACUUCAUUGUAAAGUAGACUUGACUUGGACUUAUUUAACAGUACUAAUGUGUAAGUGAAAGGGUGUUAUCCUGAGGUUUUACCCACAUUAACUCUGGAUUUCUACUGAGCACUUUCAGAAAUCAAAUAAGCAAUCAGAUAUGGCUACAAAUGAAGUAUGACCUAAGUAGAGGUUUAAUACAGCUUUGGGCUCUGCUUUGUUUUACCAUUCAUGAAAUAGAAUGACUGAAUGACUUGACAGAUUUUUAACAAUAGUUUUGUCUUUCCUUUUUAGUAGCAUUUUUUGCUACUGAUGCACUGGGAAGUUCAUUGGUAGCUGCAAUGCUGCAGCAUCAUCCUCAGCCUCUUCACAGCAGUGUUAGCAGAGCCAGCUGGUGACCACCCUCUGUGUCCCCUCAGCACAUUCAUGGAUUAAGCUCUUUUUUCUAACUCAAGUGUGGCCAGACUGUUUUUGUUCCCUGCCUGGAGUCUGCUCACAUGCCAGCUGGACUCAAGCUGCUGUUAAGGGGAUGUCAAACCAUGGCACAAAUCCAAGGUCUAGCUUUGCUUGAUUUAUUUUUUUUUUUCCUCAGUCUUGCUAAUUUCAGCAAAACAGCCACCUGCCCAAAGUUGCUGAACGUUUCUGUGUGCCCUCAGAAGAAUUCUCAUCUAUUCUCUGUGUAACUCCUGUUAACUCUUCAAUCAAUGCUAACACUGUGGUACUGCACUUGGGUUGCAAAAGACAAGACCACCUGGGAUUGCACUGAUUCCAUGUAGAUUCCUGUUUGCUGACUGAUGUUUCCUGUCCAAGUGUGAAUGACAUUGUUGUCAGUGUUACCCCUACGUGCUGCAGGCAGUUUGCUCUGAAGACCUGACUGGGUUCUCAGGAGGAGGUACAAACCAGCUGGAUUCAGAAAAUGACAACAGCUGUCAUUUUUGCUGAUGAACUGGCACGUGAUACUGACCAAGGCCAAGAGGAUUAGGAAGUUCAGACACAGAUUACAGAUUUUUGAAAAGCUGGAGCAUCAGUAAAUUGUUCUAUGAAGACUGAAACUAAAGAUUUGGGGGGAGGUUUCUAAGCUGAUUGGCCCGAAGUUGCUUACAGCCAGGAACCUUUGUAGUGAGUUCCUAUGGAUUAGUAACAUCUUUUAGUACCUUUUAGAACCUGUUAAUAUUAAAUUCCUUUCUGGUUUACAGCAACAUUUUGCAUUUUACUGCUCCUUUUAGACUGAAUGCACUUUUUGGGUCUGGUCAGCUCUUUCCCUGGCUGAAGGGAGGAAAGCAAACUUGGAUGAGAUGAGCACUUGGCCACUGCAGCAGAUGUGACUCUUGAAGCAGCACGUAGGACAUAGUGAAGCCCCAACCACAGGAGCUGUUGCUGAGAGGCUUCUAGAUACCAGAGCUGAAACUGGACAGUGGGAAACUGCAAAACUCAACUUCCAGUCUUGAAAAGAAUCUUUCUUUCCCACUGUCCCUUCUGUCUGAACGAUAAGUGGGAAAAACUGACUCAGGCCUAAGAAGAGCAAAGAGACUCUAGUUUUUAACUGACUUCAAGGGGUUUUCAGGUCUUAAGAGUGACACGUGCUAUUGGAAGGCAGAACCACUAGGCUGUGGAGUGCCCAGCUCAUUUGUCAGGCAUGUUCUAAGACAGGCAUGGGAAAGAGUUUUCUGCUGAUGUAGAAAUUCCAGUUCCAUUGAUGGUGAGAACUAUAACCUGACUAGGAGGAGAAUCUGCCAGCUUCAAAACAUUUGAAGGAUAAAUUACAGUACCCAGCUCAUGAGGAGGAAAAAAAAAAAGCCUUAUACAUAUUUUCUGUUUAUAUUAAUUCUUACAAUGAAAUGUAGUUAUCUAACAUAUUUACAAGAGAUUAAAUUAAGCAAGAUAAUGCAAGAUUAAGCUAUGAAAAAUAGUCCGUGUUCUGCCUAAUGCUUUAUGAUUCAUGUAGGGAACCUAGAAAUACUGUUAAUGUAUAAAUAUCACCCAAAAGGCUCUCAGCCCUAUAUUUUUAAAAUAAAGAAUAGUUAUAAUUGAAAUAGCCUUAGCCCUAGUUCUAUAGGGUAUGGCUAUUUAAUAUUUUUAUGGUUGAAAUGUUUAGUUCAGGAAAAAAAAAGUAAAUGCUUGUAUAUAUUUUUGCAGUCUGGGAUUCCACUUAUUCCAUUUUUCUUUAAUUUAAAUGGCAUGUUUAUUAUGUCUUUUUCUGCUGUAUUAGGAUGGGGAAAAGGGGGCUGGAUAUCCCAAGCACCAGACAGGAUUUUAAAAUAUUGCAAAGAGAGAAUUUAUUGGGGGGGAGAGUGGAGAAAAAAUGUGAAAUUUUGGAUUUGACCAAACUAUUAAAAACAAAAUGAAAGCAACUUCAGUGUGUUGAAUUGGCAAUAUUUCUGAAGAGGGUAGGACCACUGAGGCAUUUUACUUUGCCAGCAUUGGGAAUGCUGACAAACCUGGGAGUUUUGAACAGUGUGUUGUGUAGAAACAAAAAGGAAUUAAUAUAAGCCACUGGUGCACUUUGUGGGAAUCUGGUGAGAACAGCCUGAGGGGGAGCCCAGAGCUUCUGGUUUCCCAGGUAACAGGUUGUUGUGAAUUGGAUUUACAAGUGAGAUUUUUUUUCAGCAGAGAUGAAUGAAUUUGUCUCCCACUACUUCAACUGAUGUAGCAGCCUGAGCUCAUGCACAGUAUGUCAUCAGUGUAUAUUCACAUGCAACUGUCAACUGAUCCUAAUUUUCAAGUAGUAAAAGAGCUUUUAUUUCAAUUUUUGCCUUAUGAGAACGACAUGAGAAAACUCAACACUGAGCUGCUGAUCUGAGAUGAUUAACAAAGCCUUAUUGUUCUGGGUAGCUCAGGAAACGUUCAUCUGCUGAUGAAAUGCACAGCAAAUGCAUCACAUCUUCAUCUGACCUAGUGUGGAAGUUGGGUUUGGGUUUGUUUGUUUGUUUGUUUUAAUCCAGUUGCUUGUGUUUAAAUAAAGCUUUUUUAUUAUUCUGAGAAAAGUCAGACAAAAAAAAAAAGGCUUAAUUUUUUGUUGUUUGCAUUUUGAUGACCUGCUUCACUGGAUGUGUGAUCUCAGCUCUCUGUUCUGUUGGUAUCUCCAGCCCCCUUGUUGUGGUGUCUUUUAAUUUUCUUCAAGAGUCACUGUUUGUGUAUUUGUGCUCUAGAGAACUCCUGUGUAAACUGGGAUCAGCAGCACUGGAUUGUAAAAUACUGUACUGAAAUUCAUUGUUGAAAUUCCCUUGCAUUGUAAUUUCAAAUACUCAGGUAACUGUAACAGUAUCUCAGUUAAGUCAAAUACUUUUAUAAAACUCCUUAAAGAGC